UCUCUUUCUCUCUCUCUCUCUCUUUCUCUCUCUCACACACACAAACACACACACGUACAGGACCGCUUUGGAUUUUUCUUUUUCCUUUUAGCAACUAUGAGGAGCUUUAUUUCGGAUGCGUAAACUUUCCCGAUUUUAGUUUCUGUUGCGUGUUUUUAGGCGCUCUUCGCGCUCUCUGCGUUUCCCCCCACACUCCGGUGCGCUCUGCGUGAUGCCCGCUGGCAUGUUCAGCAUCGACAGUAUCCUGGCCGGCAGAGCUGGCAGAGCUGGCCGAAGUGCUCGAGCAGGCUGUAAGGACUCGCUUUUGCUCACUGCGGAUGAAGGGCCGCUCCUCUUCCCCGGCUUGUCGGAUUCAUUGGCAGCCACGGCUCCAGAUUACAGCGGAGUGUAUUCGGCCCGGAUACCGGCUUACAGCAACUACUGCUACGGCGCGAACGCGGCACCAAGCUGCUGCCCUGGAUCCUUACCGAGUCAGUGUCCGUGCAUGCCAACAGUCUACGACAGUCCUGGCUCUUUGCUGAUGUCUCCGGUUCCUCCUCCUCACAUGAUGUCCUACAUGUCCAUGUCCCCUCUGGCCCCUCUGACCCCUCUGAGCUCGGUGUCGCGCGCCGAGCUUCAGCUCCUUAAUCAGUUGCACUGUAGGAGGAAGCGGCGGCACCGCACCAUCUUCACGGACGAGCAGCUCGAAGCGCUGGAGGGUCUUUUUCAGGAGACUAAAUACCCGGAUGUGGGGACGCGCGAGCAGCUGGCCAGAAAAGUGCACUUGCGCGAGGAGAAAGUGGAGGUUUGGUUCAAAAACAGACGAGCAAAAUGGAGAAGACAGAAAAGAUCAUCAUCGGAGGAAUCAGAAAGCACACAGAAAUGGAACAAAUCCGCCAAAAACGCGACAGCAGAGAAAACAGAGGAGAGCAAAAGUGACGCGGACUCGGACAGCUGAUAAACACACACACACACACACACACACACACACACACACACACACACACACACACACACACACACACACACACACACACACACACACACACACACACACACACACACACACACACACACACACAAAUACAUCGAUAAUGUCUUAAUCUAAUUACCGAUCGGACUUGUAUAUAAUGUAAAAAAAACUGUCGUGUGAAACUGAAAACGUAAUGUUAUGUUUCCAUGCUGUUGCACAGAUGUAUAGUAAAUGUGACAUUUUAGCAUUGAUUAUUGUUAUUUAUAUUAAUUUAAAUUUUUUUACACAUCAGACAAAAUAUACCGAGGUCU